CUGGUUAAAAGAUCUCUUCCUUCCCCAGAAACAACUCAUUUGUCUGCUUGGCCACCUCCUCCCACCCCAGGAACGGCCGCGCUUGGGUGCACGAAGCUCUUCCUGGCGGGAUGAAAGUCGACAGAUAAAAUAUUAGCAUCAGGUCGCAGCAUUCCUUCCUCCUGGCCAAACUCGCAUUACGACGAUGAGGAGCUGAGCUGCGAUGCCUGGCCGGUGAUGCAAGGCUCGAUUUUUCCAGCACGGUUUUCCCUCGGGCUCCAGGCUCUCCCGCUGGUGCAGCUCCGGGUGCUCUGGGUGUGGAGCUACGCCAGCCUCCACCCGCUCAGGAUCCGGCCCUGGAAGCUGUGGAGUUGCAGUCACACUUGGAGCAGGGCUUUCUCGGUGUCCCAGCUCUGUCCUCCCCUCCCGCCUUCGCUGAACCCCAGCUCCUCGCCCGGAGGAAGGGUGCACGCUGUGGGCAUCUCCCAUCCACCGAAAUCUAUGAUCAGCUCGGUGUGUGUCUCCUCCUACCGUGGACGCAAGUCUGGGAACAAACCACCCUCCAAAACAUGCCUGAAGGAAGAGAUGGGCAAAGGGGAAGAGUCGGACAAGAUCACCAUCAAUGUAGGGGGCACCCGGCAUGAGACCUACAAGAGCACCCUUCGGACUUUGCCGGGCACCCGCCUGGCCUGGCUGGCUGACCCCGACGCCCAGAGCAACUUUGACUUUGACGGUAAAAGCAACGAGUUCUUCUUCGACCGUCACCCCGGGAUCUUCUCCUACGUGCUCAACUACUACCGCACGGGGAAGCUGCACUGCCCCGCGGACAUCUGCGGGCCCCUCUUCGAGGAGGAGCUGACCUACUGGGGCAUCGACGAGACCGACGUGGAGCCCUGCUGCUGGAUGACCUACCGCCAGCACCGCGACGCCGAAGAGGCCCUGGACAUCUUUGAGAGUCCCGAGCCUGGUGGAGGGGCUGGUGGAGAGGAGCCCGAAGAGGAAGGGGGUAGGGAGAUGGCCCUUCAGCGCCUGGGCAUGGAUGACAGGCCCCCAGGGGCGGCAGGGGCUGCCGGAGGGGGUGGCUGCUGCCGGAACUGGCAGCCCAAGAUGUGGGCGCUCUUUGAGGAUCCCUACUCGUCCAAGGCGGCAAGGGUGGUUGCUUUCGCCUCGCUUUUCUUCAUCCUGGUCUCCAUCACAACCUUCUGCCUGGAGACGCACGAGGCCUUCAACAUCGACGUCAACGUGACGGAGACCCUGGUGGUCGGCAACACCACGACGGUGCUGCUGACACACAAAGUGGAAACGGAGCCCAUCCUCACCUACAUCGAAGGGGUGUGCGUGCUGUGGUUUACCCUCGAGUUCCUGGUUCGCAUCAUCUGCUGCCCAGAUAAGCUUCUCUUCAUUAAAAACCUGCUCAACAUCAUUGACUUCGUGGCCAUCUUGCCCUUCUACCUGGAGGUGGGUCUCAGUGGCCUGUCCUCCAAAGCUGCCCGGGACGUGCUGGGCUUCCUACGGGUGGUGCGCUUCGUCCGCAUCCUCCGGAUCUUCAAGUUGACACGGCACUUUGUGGGUCUCCGGGUGCUGGGCCACACGCUCCGGGCCAGCACCAACGAAUUCCUGCUCCUCAUCAUCUUCCUCGCCUUGGGGGUGUUGAUUUUCGCCACCAUGAUCUACUACGCCGAGCGGAUCGGAGCCAAGACGUCCGACCCCACCGGGAGCGACCACACUCACUUUAAGAACAUCCCCAUUGGGUUCUGGUGGGCCGUGGUCACAAUGACGACCCUGGGCUAUGGUGACAUGUACCCCAAGACCUGGUCGGGGAUGGUGGUGGGGGCCCUGUGCGCCCUGGCCGGGGUGCUGACCAUCGCCAUGCCCGUGCCCGUCAUCGUCAAUAACUUUGGGAUGUACUAUUCAUUGGCCAUGGCCAAGCAGAAGCUGCCAAAGAAGAAGAAAAAGCAUAUACCCCGUCCGGCCCCGCUGGACUCCCCCACCUACGGCAAAUCCGAGGAAAACUCCCCCCGGAACAGCACCCAGAGCGACACUUGCCCAUUGGCAGUAGAGGAGGGGGCGAUUGAGCGGAAACGGUCAGACUCCAAGCAGAACGGUGAGGCCAACGUGGUGCUGUCAGACGAGGAGCAGCCGCUGUCCCCGACGGACGAGGAGAAGCGGCCAAUGCGGCGCUCCAGCACCCGGGACAAGAACAAGAAAUCCUCCACCUGCUUCCUGCUGGCCACGGGGGACUUCUCCUGUGCGGCGGACGGAGGCAUCCAGAAAGGUACGGCUGGAGGUGUGAGCAGGACCCGGGUGGGGAGGGAGAGGUGGAGGCCGAGUUCUGUUGAGCCGAUCCAAGACUGGUUCAUCUCCAUCCGCCUGCCUGGCUGUUCUCUGCUCCCCAAAUCCGCGUCUUCCUGCCUCUCCAUCUGCUUCACCUCCGUCCAACACAUCUCUCCGUGCUGGCUCCACGUUUUGUUUUCUCCUCCCCUGUUGUCCCCAUCUGGGGUCUGUGACCCCGUGCUGGCUGCACUGCCCUCCUUGGGGACAGAGCGCUCCAACCCAGCUCCUCUCCCUGGGUCCACUCGUCUCUGGAUGCUGUGAGUGGGACAUCUCUCCUGGGGACGUGCUGAGGUUGUGACUGAAGGUGACCAAAAGGUUUUCAGUAGGCAAAAAAGAAUCCAGAGGCUUUUCCCUUCCUCUCCCCUCCGGUGGCUUUCAGUGGGUUCGAGCGUGGGGAGAUGUGUCAAGUGCUGCCUUGCCAGCAGCUCUGGGCUGCCAGAAAGGCUCCUCUGGGUUUGGAACAGGAGCUGUGCUAAGUGUUGAGGUUUUCCAUGGGAAACUGAGGGGGAGAUGAGUCAGGAAAACACAAAACUCUUCUUCCCAUGACAAAACAAAAUCUUCUCCAACCUGGUCUCAGGCUUCUUUGCUCCUCUACCCAUCUCCCAGCACUCCAGCCCCAGAGAGGGUAAAACCAGCGCCCCAAAAUCAAGCUGCACCCUCAGUUGCUGGGAUAACUCUUAGGGCACAGCUCAGAUUUCCAGUUGUGCAGUGUUUUGUGUGUCCAGGGUGGCAUGGGAUGCUGCAGCUGCAGGGCUGACCUACUUCUACCUCCCUGGUACCAAGUGGUGCCCAUCACUGGCAGGGAACAGUGCCUGGGAGCUGGGACCAGCAGGAGAAGGGAUGAUGUGCUGAUCUCUGAGCUGCUCCCCAAGAGCUGUUGGUGCUUUGGAGAGCCUCAAGGGUUUGUUCCUUUUGGAACUGCUCGGGGUGGGAAGCAGGGAGGUGUUUGGGACAAUCACAUUGAUCAGUAGUACAAGCAAAUUGGUUGUUUCCUCCUGGAAAAUCAAGGAUUCCCUUUGGCAUUGCUGCUCAGCCUCAGAAAGAGGACAGCGAGGAAAAGCUUCACUCAUCCUCGGGGUACCAUCAAAUACCUGCUUGAAAAGCCUGAUGUUUUUUCCCUGUGAGUGCCUUUUCCUGUGAAGUUGGUCUCUUACUGCCUGUUUGUGUGGAGAAGGGAGAGAGGUUUAGUCCCAUUUCAGACUGGAAUGCUGAACUGGAAGGGAUGGAGGAGAGGGAUGAAAGCCAGUGCUGAUCUUCCCCCUUAGAAAAUGCUGAAGUCAGGCUUCAGCUGAAGCAUUUGAAUCUGGUCCCACUGAAGCCAGGAGAAGUGGAGCAGCUCUAAGAGCUGAGGAUCCAGAGCUGCUUUCACUCACUCACAAAUCCCAGGACUGCAUCGCAGGAGACCAGGAGAUUUCUGUCCUCGUGUGGUGGCAGCAGCAGCUCUUUGAAAGGGCACUGUGGUGGUGGCUCUUGGGGUGUUCUGGUGUCCUCCCCGCAAAUUUCAGAGAGCCUUUUACACUUUAAAACAGAAGGUGUGCACGGGUCACUCAUCCCCAUGUUGCUGGAGUGAUGUGUCUGGAGAAAGCUGGAGCUGGUGUCCAGAGGGGCUCCAGUUGUACCUGAGACCUUUUGGGAAUAGGGAACCUCAGCACCUGUGUCCUGCUUGGGCUGUGGGACAGACGGGUGGGAGACUGUCCUGGGAGGCCAGGGCUGGCCUAGUGAAAUGCUCAGGGGUCAGGGGUGACCAGAGAUGACUAGAGAUGACCAGAGGUGACCAGAAAUGACCAGAGGUGACCAGAGGUGACCAGAAAUGACCAGAGGUGACUAGAGAUGACCAGAGAUGACCAGAGGUGACCAGAAAUGACCAGAGGUGACCAGAGGUGACCAGAGGUGACCAGAGGUGACCAGGGGGCCAAGCAGCCUCCAGCCAAAAGCUGCUGGGAGCCACAGCGGUGCCUCUUCCCUUGGUCUUGAUUUAUCUCCUGCUGAGGCUGUUUGUUCUGGUACUGGGAUGUUGGCAGCUCUGCAAAUUGUGAUGAGCUUGGUUCUGAGCCCGACUCGGUGAUGGCCAUCUGUCAGAUCCUGGGACAGGUACUGGUGUCUGUACAAGCUGUGGAAAUCAGGAGAGGGAGCUGGUUUGGGAAUGAGCUGCAGAUCUCGGCAUUCAUUGUGGCUUAACCCCGACUCCAGCUCUUGGUCUUGUUAGGGCAGCUCAGAGAGAAGAGCUGCUCCUGCCCCUGGACCUGAGCCUGCAGCAGAUUGAGCUGGAUUGCUGUGGGCUCCUAUCUGGAAUGUGUUUCUGGUUCCUCUGGCUGUUUCCAGUGGUAUUGCUUUGCUCCCUGGCUGCCAGGGAUGGCUCCAGACCCUUUAUCUCCCCUCAGCACUGGGGUCCUGCUCAGCAGUUCCCAAAAAUGUGUCCUGCUGGGUGCAGACACCUUGGCACGGGGCUGUCCUGGCCCUGUCCCCUGCCUGAAUGGAGGGAUAGGGAGGCAGGAUGAGUCCAGCCAGUGAGACUGGUUAGGAUGGAACCACGGGAUCACCUGGGCUGGAAAAGAGCUCUACGAGCCCAACCUGCCCCCGGCACUCAGCCACUGAGCCACGUCCCCAUGUGCCACAUCUCUGCGUCUCUUAAAAAUCUCCACCUCCUUUAUCAGCACAUUAACAGCAAUUUCUGGCUCCGUAGAGCAUCGUGCUGCUGAUUUUCCCUCUGUUUCUUGCAGAACUUGACUGACUUCUUGCAGUCAGUUCAGGGCCAUGACUCUCCCAUGGCCUGAGCAUGCAGGCUGAGAUCAAGCUGGGAACGCUCACGGGAGCAUCCCCUGGAGUUGCCUGGCUGGGGGAAACUGAGGACCAGCCCACAUUUGCAUGGGGACACGACCCCACAGGAGCUGCACCCUGUCCCCAGCAGCAGGACAUUCCUGGCCUUUGCUGCCUCCCUGUUUUAUCCCAUCCCAGCUGCCAGCAGCUCCCAGCCUGUGCCUGUUCGAGCAGAGCCACGGUCUGGGAGGAGCCCCGGGGGCCACCAGGGCUGUUUUAUGGGCAACUGAUCCUAAAGCAGUCCCGGUGACCCCGGGUAGCCCCGGGGCGACUUCCUGGGACAGCAGCUCUGUUCAUCAGCUGUGGCAAUUAGCAGAGCACGACUCCCCUGUGCUUUGUGGCUUCACUCUGGUGACACCUGGCCCUGGGUGUGGUGGGAAAGCCUUGAGGGACCAAGUCCUGAGCUCCUUCCAGGUGCUCCUGCAAGCGUGGCUUGGGAUAAACUGAUGGAGAGAACGAAGCGUUGGGCUCGGGGCAGGUCAGCAGAGAGUCCCUGGGAAAAUCAAACAUCUUUAUGAAGCCCUGUCCCAAAAUGUGAUGCUUGAGACUUUAUCAGAGUGAGCAGCGUGGUUUUGACCCUGUUUCUGCGCCUGUUUGCACCCUUUCCUAUUCAGUUUGGGAUGAGAGGCAAUGAUCACCCCCACAAGCCCCAGCAGCAGCUCCCUGCACUGCAAACCCUGACCCCAUAACACCUCCUGCUGCUGUUUGGGUGCUGCACCCAGGCUUGCCCCAAGCUUUCAGGGACCGCUGGGAUCUCAGCACGGCUGCUUCCCACACGGCUCAGGGCAGCAGGAAACGCCUGAGCUCCUCAAAGAGCCUCAGCACGCCCGGGGAAAAGAGCAAGGCAAGGAGGGAUGAGCCCAGGGUGGUUUUUUGGGAGUGUUGUGGGGAGCAGAGGGGUCUUCGCAUCAGCUGCUGUGGGUGGGCAGCUCCCAGCUCCCCCCAGCUCAGGGCUGUGCUCGCUUCCCUCCUCGCUCACUGUGUGGAUCCGUGCCAAGAAGUAAAUAAGGAAAUUGCUCUUCUC